UUUCUUUUUAAGAUAAUGUCUUAAACCGAACUGGCUAAUACUUAUGAUUCAAGAGACUCUCAUAAUUAAUCAAUAAAGCCAAUCCUCAAAUCUUCUUAAUCGAAAAUCAAUUCAACUCUUCCCAGAUUGGAUUGGGCUGGAAAUGAAAUUAUCAAAGGAGGAUCUCAUAAAAUCGCCUUUAUUAGUUAACAGAACACACCAAGAACAUUCAUGGAUAUUCUGUCAAAUGAAUUAUCUAAUUAAAGUGAUGAGAUUGAUGAAGAUUAUAAUUAAAUGUUGAACUGUUAAAAUAUGAAGAAUAAAGGUAAACAACAACCAGAACUAAGUUAAUAAUCUAAUUGUUGUUUUAUUUAUUGA